UGUGAAAAGCCCAUGCAACCGGAAGUGUCCCAGGCAACUUUCCCAGCUGGUCUCAGACAAAGCAGUGAGGGGGUUAUGGUAGGAGAAGAAGCGCAUCGACCUCCGGAGAGCUGCUGCUGACGGGGACUGAGAAGAUGUCUGUGGACGACGUGUACGUGUUCCGGCCAUUCAAGCUGAUCGCCCUGCUCUGCGUCUUCCUGGCGCUGUGCCUGGACGUGGUGGCUCUGCUGAGCCCAGCCUGGGUCACCGCCGAGCAUUUCUCCCUGUCUCUCUGGGAGUCCUGCUCCCAGUCCGAGGCUCGGCAAGCCGCGGAGGAGGCUGCGUGGAGCUGCUUCUCCACCCUCACAUCUGAUUGGCAGAUCGCCACCCUGGUGCUCCUGGGGGCCGGCGCCGUCGCGACUCUGGUGGCGUUCCUGGUGGCCCUCAUUUCCCUCUGCUGGGGUACGAAGAGGCAGCACUACCGCAUCGUGGCGGUGUUCCUCUUCACUGCAGUUGUUUUGCAGGCCUGUGCCCUGGUGCUCUACCCAAUCAAGUUUAUUGACGGGACGGUUCUACAGACCUACCAUGAGUUCAACUGGGGCUACGGACUCGGCUGGGGAGCCACCAUCUUCAUGCUGGGCGGAGGGAUACUCUUCUGCCUGCGGGCGGACAUUUACGAGGAUGCCAUGUACUAGUGAAAUCCCUGCCGCGCUGCUGAAAUGCAAACCUAAACCCACAGAAACUUCUCUUUGCUCUGCACAGGGCCUGUACGUGAGCAGACCCCAUGUCUUGUUUCUGCCUCCUGUCUUGCUCUUGCUGUUAUUUUUAGACAGGUUGUGAAGGUGUUAUUUAGGGCUGCGAGAGUCGAUCUCCACCCCCAUCCUGCAGUCACACUCAGCUGUCGGUGGCGUUUGGUGGAGGGGGCGAGGUGGCAACACUAAAGCACAGAGUUUUCUGGACUGGCUCGGGCUGCUGGACGUUUCCAGGAUGUUUAUUGUUAGAAAUGACACAGACCUGAAUGUGCUGGGGCUGACUAUUCACCAGGACUGACUGAUCUCCACAUUUCCUUUUUUUAUUUUUAUAGUGUAUUUAUGGCAUAAUUUCUCUCUUUCCUGAUAUUCAGUGUAAAUUUCCCCUCUGUUUAAUCUAAAACAUAUCUAAUAAGUGUAAAUUAGAUUUUUUAUAGAUGUGUAGCCUCUGGAAAAAAAAAAUCACAGUAGUUUGUCCCAUAAAAUCUACAAAUAAAUAUGAAAUAUUUCUAUGUGUGUUGUUUGAAGGAAACAUUUUGACAUAUUGAUUACAAACUGUCAUGACUGUACACCACAGAAACAAAAAUACAAACCAGUUUAGAGAAUAAGAUUGCAUUAACAAAUCGACAUUUUCAGUGAGAUUCCAGAGAAAUGAAGAGAAUCAUGGAUAAUUGUUGUUUAUAAAUGGUUUUUGUUCAUUUUUCAGCCUUGCUAGCAAAAUAGAUACUCUUCCACAAAAUUAUUACAGAUGCCAGGACUUUGGCCAGUUUGUGUCCUAGAGGUAUUUUGACAAUCCACUAAAUUUGAAAGGGACAAAGACGGGUGUACAUCAGCCCUCCAUGAGUUAUAUUAACUCAUUUUUUAUAUAUUAAUAGACAAAUCCCUUAAGAAUGUCAACAGAACCAAAAACUGCAGGAGGAAAAUCCUGGACCCAAAAACCUUUUUAAAGUCUAAUUUUGUCAUGAUUACAGCCCAUAGUCUCCCCUAGGAUAAAUACAACCACCUUCCUUCAAGUCUCCCCUUCAUCUCUAUUCAUUCAUUUAUUUUUAUCCAGGCACUGUCUGGCUCUUUGACUACUACUGCCUAUGGACUCCUGUUUAGCAGAGCUGAAACUAAGACAUCAGCAAUCCCACAAUGCAAUGCGGUAUAACGCCUGCGCUCAUUCCCAUUACUAUUUCAGUUAACAUCUUAAACAUGGCACCUUUAAAAAUAGUUUAUCCUUCAAAUUCUGAAAAGUGUACAAAGCAGUUCUAAGUUAUUACUAAUUAUGUCUAGUUUGGGAGUAUUUGGUUUUUAAUAUUAUUGUUGGAGGCAAUAUUUAAGUAUAUUUCU